AAAAAAAAAAAAAAGAACGAAAAAUACAGUGUUGUUUAAUGGAACAUCACGCGCGUCUCAUUAUUAUCAAGCUCCCAUUCCUUUCCAGGUUGCUCGAUAGUUAUACAUACAAUUAAUCGAAGAUUUAUUUUCUACAAUGCUUAUAACACAAUGACCGCUUUUAUGAAACAUAUACUUUUGAGAAAGAAAGGUGUAUUAAUUUUUUAUAUGUUAAGACGAAGAGAUUUAUGUAAAAAUUGAUGGAUUUAUUGUACACGCGAUAUAAUACGUUGUAGACAUGACAACAUUAAGAAUCUGUGAGAUCUUUUUCGCUUGUUUGUAUUAUUAGAUUGUACAAAGCGUAAUCUAUAAUGUCAUAAGUACACGUGGAAGAAACGAAAAAAAAAAAAAACAUUUUAGAAAAAAUGCAUAUAAUAUUUAUGCGUAUUAAACAAACAAUUAUACAUACAUGUAUAUGUAUAUGAAAUUUAAAACGAAGAAACAUGAAUUCUUUAUAUUCAUGAAUUACGGAUAAUAAAUAUAAAUAAGUGUACCUUAUUGUGAUUAAAUCGCAGGCACGUUAAGCGAAAUCGGACAUUUUCGUGGAUUUUAAUAUCUAAUAUAGGGUUAAACUAGAUUCAAGCGUUUAAUUAUAAGCAGUCUAAGACUCGCAAUAAAAUAAAAAAGAAAAAACUGCACGAAACAAGAACUAUUAUUAAUUAUAUCUCAGUAUAAAAAGAAACUAUUUUGCACGAAGUAUGGCCAGGAAUAUAAAAUCCUAGUAUUUUACUAAUGUAAUCCUUUUGUACAUAGAACUUCAUUCUCUAAACCUUUAUAUAAAAAAAAUUGUUUCCAAAUAAAUCAUAGUCUUAAAAUUAAUCUAUGUAUUUUUACUUAAUUAUUCAUUACUAAGUUUUGAUCAUUUAUUUCUUAAUCACAAUGUAUAUAUUUUCUUACGUUUGAAACGAAAUAGCAUGCAAUGCUAUUCAUUUGUUAAUGAUAAUAAAAAUUUCAUUUACAAAUUUUUUUUUCAGAAAAUGAAUCCUGAAAGUUUUAUCAAUAUGGAUAAUAAUAAUAUGGACAAAAAUAAAUAUGCACAAUUUAUUCAAAGAAGACUUCAAAGAUUACAAUCCAGGAAUCAUGAUUGGAAAAUGUCGUACAGCUUUGUUAAAACUGCUCAAAAAAAUAUAGUUCUACAACAUAAAUCAAAUAUUUUACUCUAUUCUUAUAAAAAUAAAUUAAAAGAUGCUUGUCCAGUUCAAAUACAAGCAUUAAAACAACACAUUCAAAAGGACUUGGAGCCUAAAUAUGAUGAACCAAAGUCUAUCGACAUUGAUUUUGAUGAAGAAGAAAAAGAAGAAGAUCUAGACGUUCAUCCCAGUGAAUUAACAGUAGAAUUACCAAAAUUAAAAACAUGGGAUAUGUACAAACAAUUGGUAGAAGAAUCAUCACGAUUAAGACCAAAAGUAAAAUGUAUUCCUGAACAACCAGUAAUAGAUGUCUCAAAAUUAUCAAAAUUUUAUUUCAAAUACCAGUAUAUUCAUCAAAUAUUUACUACUUUAAAAAAAUCUUUAAUUUUAUAAUUUUUUAUUUUUAAAAUCAUA